AUGUUCGGUAAAAGUCGGUGUCUUCGGUACUUGUCUAGCGCUGUUUGGUAUCUCCCCAAAGCUUCCCGAAUACCUCCCUCGGACCCUAGCGCGGGUGCAUGCUCAUCACCGUUACAGAAUGGCGUCGCGGAAUGCCUGAACAAGACAAUCGUGGAACGCGGCCGUGCAAUGAUGCACGAAACUGGCCUUCCACGAUUCCUGUGGCCGGAGGUGGUGUCAACAUCAAUCUAUUUAAAGAACCUUGGUCCGACCGUCGCACUCGAGGGCAAGACGCCCCACGAGGUAUGGACCGGCCAGAAACCGAAUGUCAAACACCUUCAUGCAUUUGGCUGCAAGGCGCUCGUGAAGAUACCUGAUGAAAAGUGCUGCAAGUGGGAUGUUAAGUCAACCGAGUGCAUACUGAUAGGGUACUACAGCGACGCAGCCUACCGUUGCUACAAGCUGCGGACUCACAGGAUCGUGAAGUUGCGUGACAUUGUCUUCUUGGAGGACGACUUGCCGCUGGCACCGCGGAAGCUGCCCGUGGCCGAGAGGGGGGAGAACGACUUCCAUGUCGCCCAGGAGCCGCCCACGGACACUCCCCCACCUCCCAAAGUGAGCCCUGACAACCCUACAAUGAAGUCGCCGUUAGCCCAGCAACCACCACCACUCCAAGCGCCGCCCAAGCCGCCUGAGCCCAAAACAAGCACACAAACACCGGCACCCACCCAGUUCACUCUCAGAAGGAGUGAAAGGGCACGAGAGCCCUUGUCAUUGAGGAAAGCCACGGACCUGCAGGAGGCGACCGAGCGAGCUCGCAGGGAUGCGAAUAGAGAGGCGAGGGAGCGACAGAAGGACCAGGAAAAGAAACAAGAUGAGGCAGCACGCGACGAGAGGGAGGAGGCAGAGGCAGAGGAACACAAGGCAGCUGUUGAGCACUCGUUGUUCACAGCGGCCGUUGAGGCAGCGCUGUUGAUGGCGGGUGAGGAGCCUCGCAGCUACCAGGAAGCCAUCCGAAGCACAGAGCGCGACGACUGGCAGAGGGCGAUGGAGGAGGAGUACGACGCCUUGUUGAAGAACAAGACGUGGGAACUCGUCAAGCCGGCAAAAGGCCGCAAGCCGAUUGGCUCGAAGUGGACCUACAAGGCCAAACAAGACGGGCGCUUUAAAGCCCAACUUGUUGCCCAGGGUUUCAUGCAACGCCCCGGCGUCGAUUUCCACGAUACUCACUUCCCAGAGAACUGGCUCCUCAAGCAGAUUGAUGUCAAAUCCACCUACCUUAAUGGGAAACUCGACGAAGAGAUAUUCAUGAGGCAACCCGAAGGCUUCCAGGUCCUCAGGAAAGAGGACUAG